AUGGGCGCGCUGGCGGCCAGCAAGGCGGCGCCGGUGCGGUGCGAGGUCGUCCGCCGCUCCGGACAGCCGAGCGAGGCCGCGCCGCCCGCCUACUCCUCCGCCCAGAGUGCCGGCGCAUCGGUUUGGCGGAGCGCGGCGGACGAGGCCACGCACGGCGGACGAGGCGGAGGGGCUGGCCCCCAGCCGCACGACUUCAAGGAGGAGGAGUUUGGCGCAAGGUCACCCUCCGAGGCGUACCAGGCAUUCAGGGCGGAGUACGGGUCUGGCGCAGGGGCCUCUGCCUCGCCCAUCGACCCCGGCCACCGCGGCCGAGAGAGUUACGACGCGCCGGGCGAGGACCGGUCGCCGCAACGACACCCGGACGACUGGCGGGCGAUGCCACCGCCGGGAGACCCGCAGGGGCACCGGCAGGGAAACCCGCACUGGGGCAGGGCGGCGGGCGUGGCUGGUGGCGCGGAUGCCUCUCACCCCUUCGCCACCCGCGACGCGGCUCCCGAGGCGGCGGGGGCGGGUGAGGCCCAGCAGGAGAGGAUGGCACUGCUCGAGCAGCAGGGAGCCAUGCUCGCGGCGGCCCUCGAGGCGGCGACCCUGCGCGUCGCCGCUGUCGAGGCGCGGGUCGCCCUUGUCGAGGCGCAGCAGCACGGGACGCCGCAGCAAAAGUACUCGCAGCCGGAGUAUCCGCCGCAAAGCAUGGCGCAGCAGGGCGUGCCGCAGCGAGGCCACUGGCAGCGUGACGGCGGCCCGGCCACCAGACCGCAGGCUUCCAACGAGGCGUCCGCCACCGCGUGGUUCGCCAAGCAGUGA